AUGAAGACAUUUCCCUUAAACAAUCCGGUGGUUAAAUCUGUAGAUGAUACCUGGGAAUGUAUGUCAUUCAUGCCACGAUACCCAUAUGAGGGUAUUGUCAGGGAGAACGUGCCAGCCGUCGUUAAUCAGACAACAAUACAGCUAUCACAGCCUCCACAGCCCCUACAACCUCCACAGCCCCUACAACCUCCACAGCCCCUACAGCCCCUACAACCUCCACAGCCCCUACAACCUCCACAGCCCCCCACAGCCCCUACAACCUCCACAGCCCCUACAGCCCCUACAACCUCCACAGCCCCUACAGCCCCUACAACCUCCACAGCCCCUACAGCCCCUACAACCUCCACAGCCCCUACAACCUCCACAGCCCCUACAGCCCCUACAACCUCCACAGCCCCUACAGCCCCUACAACCUCCACAGCCCCUACAACCUCCACAGCCCCUACAGCCCCUACAACCUCCACAGCCCCUACAGCCCCUACAACCUCCACAGCCCCUACAACCUCCACAGCCCCUACAACCUCCACAGCCCCUACAACCUCCACAGCCCCCCACAGCACACACACAACCCACACAAAGGCUUAUAACUAUAACCACUUAACUGUUCUUAAAAACUGA